CUGAGUUGUGAGUUGUCACUUCGCCGUGAAUUUUUGGAGUGAAUAUAACGUAUUGCAUGAAUAUGAGCUGAGCCCGCUCACAAAGUCGUGAAGAAGAAAACGUAUUUAAUGUAAUUUUAGUUUUGUGAUGUAUAUAUUUUUAAAUAUUGACGUUGUGUGAGUUUUUAUACACUUUUAGGGCAUUCCUAAAUUAUUAGAGAUUCAAAAUAUUUCGGACUUUAAAAACGUCAGUAGGAAACUUUAAAAUUGUUGGGUUAAAGUGCCUGCAUCAUGGACCAGAGUGGUAUAACCCCAAAUACAUCAAAUCAGCAGUUGGUUAAUGGCAGUGACAAUGAUUCUGCGACAGCGUUGCUGCAAGAAAAGCAAGCAAGAAGGAGAGAAAAUCUAGGAGAUGUCACAUUCAGAGAAUACAUGACUGUCGGAAUAUUAUGUUUCGUCAACCUCAUCAACUACAUGGACAGAUUUACUAUAGCAGGCGUCCUUGCUGAUGUUAAGAGCGAGUUUAACAUCGGCGAUGACUGGGCUGGCCUGCUGCAGACGGUGUUCGUCAUCGCCUACAUGGUGUUCGCGCCCAUGUUCGGUUACCUAGGCGACCGGUACUCAAGGCGGAAGAUCAUGGCGGCUGGCGUAGCGCUUUGGACUAUGACAACGUUUGCUGGUUCUUAUGUAACGAACUAUUAUUGGUUCGCGGUGUUCCGCGGGCUGGUGGGCAUCGGCGAAGCAUCCUACUCCACCAUCGCUCCCACCAUUAUCAGCGACCUCUUCGUCGGGAAUGUGCGCUCCAAAAUGCUGGCAUUCUUUUACUUCGCCAUUCCUGUUGGAAGUGGUUUCGGUUACAUAGUGGGUUCAGUGGCGGGUGCGAUCGCGGGUGACUGGCGCUGGGGUCUGCGUGUGACACCAGUGCUGGGCGCGGCCGCGGUCAUCCUUGUGGCCUUUGUGAUGCAGGACCCGGAGAGAGGGCAGGCUGAAGAGAGCACUAUGAAACCGACGUCGUACGGUGAUGAUCUACGCGCGCUUGUUAAGAAUCCGUCGUUCAUGCUGUCGACGCUGGCUUUCACAUGUGUGGCGUUUGUAACUGGUGCGCUGGCGUGGUGGGGACCACUCUUCAUAUACCUCGGCCUCAACCUGCAGCCCGGCGUCGCCAUCUCAAAGGAGAGGGUGUCGCUGGUGUUCGGCGGGAUCACGAUGGCGUCAGGGCUGGCGGGCGUGCCGCUGGGCGCGUGGCUGGGCGCGGCACUGCUGAAGCGGUUCCCGCGCGCGCACCCCUUCAUCUGCGGCGCCGGGCUGCUCGUGUCGGCGCCGGCCAUGGCGCUCGGCAUGCUCCUCACGCAGUACUAUUUCUACGCGCCGUUCGUCUUCAUGUUCAUUGGCGAAGUCGCUUUGAAUCUCAACUGGGCUAUAGUUGCCGAUAUGUCGCUGUAUAUUGUUAUUCCACCGCGGCGUUCGACAGCGGAAGCAUUCCAAAUCCUUAUAUCACAUAUGCUGGGGGAUGCCGGUAGUCCCUAUUUAAUAGGAGUGAUAUCUGAGAGUUUGAAAAGAUCAUUAGGUUCAGGAGAUAUGGAGUCACCGAGCAUGAGCGUGCAGUUCCGAGCGCUUCAAUACGCGCUGUUCGUGACGUGCUUCGUGGAAGUGAUCGGCGGCGCUUUCUUCCUGAUGACCACCAAAUACAUCGUGAGAGAUAAGCAGAAGGUCGACAGAGCGAUUGCAGUGUCAGCAAAAAUAGUAUAGUCAGUAGGCGAAGCGGAAGCACAUGGCAGCGAAGCUUCACACAGUCAAGCCCAGGAAGAAAAUGUACCCGGUGAAUAAUUAUUUCAGAAUAAAUUUACAUCAGUCUAGUUAAAGGUUAUGAAGUGUUGUGGGAGGUGAACUUUCACUAUCGAAUAUGUUCCUCAGUCAAAUGGCUAAUAUUGUUAGGAAUGCGCUCCACUAUGUGGGUUUAUUAUAACAAUUAUAUAGUAAUUUGAUUGCGAAAUGCAAUAGAAAGACUGAUUCGUAAUGCAUAGCAUGUAUUUAGACAAUGAGUGGGUCCCGUGUGUAAGCAACGGAGUGAUAGUGUACAAUACAAAUUCAAUUAAGAUUUCCCUGUAACAGAUUAUAAAUGCCUAUGUGCCUACUACUUAAAUAAAGUAAUUUAUUGAAAAUAUUUAUAUAA